UUAGCCUUUCAAUGGCUUAGAGUAGUUUAUAAGUUGACUGAGAUGAGAUUAAAUGUUUUAUAUUAAGGUGAAACAAUCAACUGGCAAUAAUGUAUAAGCAACAAUUUAAUGGUAAACAAUUAGUAUUAACAUUGAAAUUGUUCAAUUUUGUGCCAAUUGUAACUUAAAUAGUCAUCAUAUACAAAAGAAAAGCUAAAAGCUGUUCUAAAAGGCUUACAAUAAGGUAAACAAACUGCAACAGAAAUUGAAAAAGUGUUUUCUUUUUCUUCAUAAGUGAAAUCAACAAUCAGGUAACAACAAUUAGCUGAUUAUCAAGAAACAAAAUGCCAUUCUUUUACCUUCACUCAUCAAGGGAACAACUUUGUCUACAGAAAAGGAUUCCGGCUCACAUCUGUUUCUCACUUAACCACAUUCAUCAUUCUGAUCCUGAAUCACUGAGAGUGGAAAGAUCUGAAGCCAUUAUAUACUCUUUGGUAAUUGUUGUUUUUUAUGCGGCUAUUAUCUUAAUCGUUGUUGGAACCAACAUGCAUCGAUGUCGUAAACGUCGCCAGCGAUUAAACCGACAACAUAUUAUCAACCAGAAAACAAAAUCACCUUCAAUUAUUGUUUCAAUAAACAGUGGACCAGAAAAUGUAAAUAAUAAUGCAACUCCAUUGGUAACUUUGAGUAGCCUCAAUCAAAUUGAUUCAACGAUGGGAAAAGGUUCACCAGUUUGACAUAAGCCAUUCACAUAUGAAAUACAUCAUCACCAUGCAGCAUCUCCAUUCUGAUCAUCUUAAUACACAAACCAGUGGAUUGAAAACAUGUGCAUAAAUGAAGAUUAAACGGUGAAAAAGGAUGGAUUGAAGUAAGAGCAUGAACAAAGUAACCUGAAAAAUAUUACAUGAUUUAAACGUGAUAUAAACAGACAUAUGAAUAUUACAAUCUGAUUUAGAGUUUACAUUAAUUGUUAUGCUCUUUACAAACUGAAUUGUAUUUUGUAACUAAUGAUCAUUUAUACAUAAUACAAAAAAAUACAAGCCUUGAUUUCAUUUGA